CCUCCUCCUGCCCUCAGGCCUCGCCCGCUCGCUCCGGGAGGGCCCGCAACCCCGGGAACGGCUCCACCUAGCUCGGCCCUGCUAGCCGCGCACCGGAGGGAUUCGGCUGGAAAGGGGGUUCCCGGGCAUCUAGGGUGACGCCACUGAGAAGGUCUCGAGCACCCCGACUCCGUCAGGCGGGCGUUCCUGUCUUCACUGGACGGAAAAGACUGACCUGCGCGGGCGACUGCGCUCGAGGGACCAGGCGCGUCCAAGUCCACCGAGCUCCGGCUUCCCCCGGGUGUAGCCCGGGAACAAAGAGCUGCUUUGGGGGGUCCUGUACUUGUCCUGCGGAACCUUCCUUCCCGAUGAAGCUCUGGAGGCCUUUGGGAGCCCCAGCAUCAGACGUCAGCAAGUCAGUGAGCUUCUGCCUUUCAAGCUCCAGCCGCAGCCACUCCUCUCGUCACCCCGAGCAGCGUUCUCUCACCCUGCGCCUCACACGGCCAUUUUCACCCUCGGUUGUCCACGCUGCACAUCACCGAAUGUCCGUGCGUCUCCACUAGCUCUGUCUUCCGUAGAACACCUCCUCCUGCUUGCCUGCCACCAUGCUUUGGCACAGUGAAGACAGGCUGAGGACUGAUAACAGAAAUCUAGAAGAGCUCACGGUGAAUCACAUGGAAGAAAUGAAAGAAGUGGAAAAUUAUGGAAACCAUGUCUGUAACUUAACAGAUGAAAGAGAAGCAUUUUCUCAUAAUUAUAAAAAAGAAAACGAACAACUAAGACAGGAGUUCAAAGAGCUCCAACUCAAACACGAUUCUGCACUUGAGAAGGCACAACUAGAAAUUGAAAAAUUGAAAGAAAAUUUGAUAAAACUAAAAGAAAAUGAUUCAGUUGAGCUACAGAAAGCAAAGAAACAUAAUCAGAGAUUGGAUGAGGAAAUUUUGGCUUUAAGAAACCGGGUUCGAUCACUCGAUUCAGAUAAAAAAGCACUUGGAGAAGUAGUUGAAAGACUUAAAGAAGAGAUUCAUGAAUCGCAAGAGAAUAAGAGACCUGGAAUUCACUCCCCUGGAAAAAACGUGGGUGCUGAGCAAAGAGUAGAGUAUCCAUUAUCUGGAGAAAUACUGAAAUACCACCAGCAAGAGGAACCACAGCUUCGCCAGAAUUUGCACCGCCUCCAGAUUCUGUGUAGUUCAGCUGAAAAAGAGCUUCGAUAUGAACGAGGAAAGAACUUGGACUUAAAGCAACAUAAUAGUUUACUUCAGGAUGAAAACUUUAAGAUCAAAAUUGAACUAAAGCAGGCCCAGCAGAAGUUAUUAGACAGUGCGAAGAUGUGCUCUUCACUCACAGCAGAGUGGAAGCACUGUCAGCAGAAAAUCAAGGAACUGGAGCUAGAAGUACUUACACAGGCUCAGAGCAUUAAAUCACAGAACAGCCUACAGGAAAAGCUGGCUCAGGAGAAAUCUAAAGUUGCUGAUGCAGAGGAAAAGAUUUUAGAUCUGCAACAGAAAUUAGAACAAGUUCAAAAAGUUUGUCUCCCAGAAUCUUGUAUUUUGGAGAAGAAGCAACUAGAGGAAAGGCUAAAAGAAUCAAGAGAAAAUGAAGCUAAAAUAAAGCAACAAUAUCAGAAAGAACAAGAGAAGAGGAAUCUCCAAGAUCAGAGCAUAAAUGAGCUACAAAAGCAAGUGAGGAUUUUACUGGAUAAAGAGAACAGAUUGGAAACAACCAGUUCUCAACAACAAUCCAGAAUUCAGCAGCAAGAAGUCCAACUUAAACAACUGGAAAAUGAAAAAGGAAAAUCUGAUGAGCUUCUCAAGAGCAACCUGGAAUUGUCAGAGAAGCUAUCUGGGUUCCAGCAAAAGAAUAAAGCUCUAUGUGAAGAAUAUGCACAACUUUUGAAGCAGUUUGAUGUCUAUGUGAGAAACUAUAAUGAGAAACAUCACCAUUACAAAGUCAAGCAUCACAGAAUCAAGGAUCGUUUAGUUCAUGAAGUAGAACUACGAGAUAAGAGAAUUAAAGAACUCGAAAAUGGAAAUGAAUUACUGCGACUACAAAUGGAAAAGGAGAAAGCUUUCCAGGAUGAGGUCAUUGCACAAAAUGAUGUCCUGCUCCAAGAAAGAGGGAAACUUCUGGUGCAACUCACAGAGCAAGAAGAACUGAUCGGCAACAACAAAGGGAUGCUAUCUUCUGUCCAGAGUAGAGUACUGUUGCUGGAUAAAGAAAAUAAGCUAUUACAAGAAAACAGUCUCCAGCUCACACAUCACAUUGGCCUCUUAGAGCGCAUUAUAAGGAACAUCCAGAUUCGCAGAGGGGAGGAAACAGUAAUUAGUGACAUCCCUGAAUUUGAAGUAUUGAGUAAAAUAUUGCAUUUACCAAACUCCAGUUUUACAGGAAUAGACUUGAUAGCGUCAGUUCCAAAUAUUCAAGAGAUUGGAGAACAUAAGUCAGACGCAGUAGUGGCCACCUCCAAUUCUCCCAAGUCUCGUUCAUGUUCACAGAAUUCUGAAAUUGGAUAUAUAAAUGUGGCUUCACUGAAAGUGACACAUAGCAUCCAAGAACAAGAUCAAAAGUCAGAACUAUAAAAUCACUGAUAUCUAAAACUAGACUGCUCAAAGAUGCUAACUUCAAGUUUGGGCAUGAAGGUGGAACAUGACAUGGAUAAGAGCUACUGCAGCCCCCAACUGGACAUCAACUUGGAGUCUUCAAACUUGCUGAUAAAUUAAUUCAACCAGUUCUAAAAAUGGAUUUCUCAAGUUUGUUUGCUAUCCUCAAAUGCUGUGUAUUGAUUAAUAUAGUAACAUAAGUUCAAUGAUUUAAUAAAGUUUCCCAUUCAGCAGAGCACAGAUGGCUAAUUCAGGAUAGCUUUUUUA